AUGCAAAACCAAUUAAAUGGAAUGGAUGCCACAAAAACAAAGGAAAAUGGUAAAACCGGCAUUUAUAAAGAAUUAAGUGAAGACGAAAUAAAUCAUGUUUAUUUUGAAACAAAAAUUGAUGAUAAUUACAAAAAUGCUAAUAAAGAUAAUAACAGUAACCAAUUGAAGCACAAUAUAUUUAAUAGUUUAAAAUAUCAAGAAAAAAAUGUGAUGAAUUUUCAUGAAUUGCCUUUUAAUGAUUCUUCAAACAACAACGGAUUUUAUUCUAUAAAUAAUGAUCAUAAUAAAGAAAUAACAAAAAAUAAAAUAGUGACACAAGGAAAUGAAGGUUACAUUAAUGAAAAUAUAAAUUCUUCCUGCAACACAAUGCCGUUAUUGAAUAGUAACAUUAAUUAUAAAAGUUCUAAUUUUUUUGAGAAUAAUAAUAUUUUUGACAAAAAAAAUGAACAAAAUAUGAAAAAUGAUAUAUAUAUAAAGGACAAUUAUGUAAAUAUAAAUGAAGUAAACAAUAUAAGAACAUCAUACAUCAGUAAUAAUGAAAGUAAUGUAAAUCUUAAUACAUUUUUAAAUAUAAAUAAAAAUAAUUUAAUAAGUGAUAAUAUAAAUAUGUUAAAAAUUCCUCAAAACAAUGAUAAUCCAUUUAAUAAAAAUAAUUUAAUUAAUAAAAAUACAAAUACAUUGGAUAACAUUCAAUUUAUUAAUUAUAUAAAUAAUAAUGAAUACCCAACUAAUAUGCCUAAUCAUAUUGAUACUUCAAAUAAUCAUAUAAUAAAACAAAAUGGAAAUAAUUUUUUACCAUAUAAUAAAUCUUCUAUAUCGGAAAUGUGUUCUACAUAUCCUUACCUCGAUUAUAUGAAACAUGAUUCAUAUGAUGAUGCAAAUAUUAGCGAUAUCCGAAAUGAAUUUGGCUUCAAUAAUGUUAAAAAUAGCAAUUGUAGCACCAAAACUAUUGAAGGGGGGGGCCCUACUUUUAUUUAUAAUAAUAAUUAUUAUCUAAACAAUAACCCUGGAAAUCCGUUGUAUAUAAAUAGAGAAAUUUUAUCACCUCAAUCAUCUAACCUCUUUGAUUAUGAUAAUAAUUAUGCUGAUGAAAAUAAUUAUAAAAUAAAUAGUGUCAAUAGUUUAGGGAAUAAUAACUAUAUUGACCAAAAUUCAAAUGCUUUAAAAAAUGAGGUAACAAUUAGAAAUAUGAAAUUACCUCAACUCGUAACCUCAGUUAAUAGUUUUAAUCACGUCAUGAAUACUAGUAAUAAUAACAUGAGACAACAAAUUAACCAACAUAAUUAUAGACAAACAGAUUUGUUACAUAACAACAUAUUGCCUACCCAAAAUAAUAUUAUUUAUGACAAUGAAAAACAUAAUUUACAGAAUACCUUUGAUUUUGUGUCUCACAAUGGACAAACAAAUAGUAGUAAGACCAAAGAUAACAAUAAUUCAAACUCUAAUAAUUUCUCAAUUUAUAGAAACGAUGUAAAUGAUAAUAUGGGGAUAGAUAAUAAAUUUCGAAACUCAAGUAAUAAUGAUGAUUUAGAAAUUAAUAACACAAAAAUUGAUACACCGAUUUUUAAUCCUAAAUAUUAUCAAGAUACAAAUUUAUUGAAUAUAUUUAAUGGAGAAAAAAACAUACAAAUAAAUAAACCGCCACUUGUUAAUCAUAGUAACGAGUUAAAUAAUUCUGCUUAUACAAAUAUAGUAUAUAAUAAUUAUAAUCAUAAUUUCAAUUAUGAUAUGAUAAAUUCACCAGACAAAUUUAAAAUGGAAAAAACAGAAAAUGUUAAUUAUUGGGAUGAUAAUAAACUCAUUUGUAAUAACAAUUCUUCUGAUAUUUUUCAACAAAAUUAUUCUAACAUUAAUGAAUAUGAACAAAAUGAUUACAAAGAAUCUAAUAUGCACAAUGGUUAUACUGAUUCGGAAAAAACUGUACAAACUUCUCGCUUUAUAAAUAUACCUUCAAAAAAAGAAACAACUAAAAAUAAUCAAGUUAAUAAAUUAGAAGAAUGCAAUAUUAAAAAAGAAGAUGCCAAUAUAAAUUCCAAUUAUUUUAAAAACUGCAUAAAUUUAGAUAAUGAACAAAAUUUCAAUAAUUUCACUAAUUUUAAUAAACAAAUCGAAAAUAAAAAUAAUGACGUAACUCAUUCAUAUGAACUUAGUUUACUCAAAGAAGAUCACAAUGAUGCGUAUAAUAAGAAUGAUGACUAUUUUGAAGAUAUAGAACAACAAAGAAAAAAUAUUUACAAUUUUUAUUUACAAUCAUUUUUAAACAGUAUAAACAAUGUGCGUGAUACUGGGAAGGUUAACCAUGUGGAUAGCCAAAACAACACACCCAAUGAUGAAGAUAUAGAAUGUAGUAAUACUUUUGAAAAUGAACGAUGUGAAAAUAAAGAAAUAAUAACUCAACAAAAUAAUGAUAUAGAUAAUAUGGUAUUAUGUAAUUUAAAACAUAUGAAAAAUAAAAAGCUUUUAAAAAAUUGUCCAAAAGUAAAAGAAUAUUUUUCCUAUGUAGAUUAUUAUAUUAAAUCAUUACGCUUAUUAUAUACUAAACUGCUAAGUAAUAGAAAUUUAAUAUUUAUAUUAGCUAGCGAAAUAUUAUCUAAAAAUAAUUCAAAUGACAUAAAAAAUAUAUACAAUUCUUCAUAUUAUAAUGAUAAAUAUUCAUAUAUUAAAGAAUUAAUAUCAAUUUUUUUACCAGAACCUCCUAUUUUCCCACCUUUGCAAAUAUGGUUAUAUUUUGGUAAAAAAUAUGCAUCUCAAUUACAUAAAUUGCAUUUAACCAUUUAUAUAAUAUAUCAAAAAAUUAUCUACAAUUUUUCUAACAUAUUACUACAAAUAAAUGAUGAUCAAAUAAACCAUUCAGAAAAAAGAGGAUAUACCAAAAAACAUGUAACAGAUUCAUUAAAUUAUUUUUGUGUUCGUGAAAAUAAAAUGAAUGAGAAAGAACAUUCAUGUCAGUAUAUUAAAAGAGGAACUUUGCUAAAUAAACCCACAAAGAAUAUAGACACACAAAAUAAUAAUAAUGAUAUACUUUUAACUCAAGAUUCAUCAAUUUUAUCGACAGAUAGUGAUGGUCAUAGUAAACUUAGAAAUAGCUAUUGUGCAUCUAAUGAAGAAGGGUAUAAAAAUAAUUAUAUUAUUGAACGUCAUUUAUUCCAAAUAAAUCAAAAGUUGGAAAAUAUAAUGGAUUCAGUUAAUAAUAUAUCGAAAUUUAUAAAAUUCCCAAAGGAUAUAAAUAAUGAUAAGGAAAAAGAAAAAUGUUCCAAUAUAACUAAAUCAAAAAAUGAGAAUACAAAUAAAAUUUGUUAUAUAAGUUCUGAUUCUGAUUUUACAAUUGAUCAAAUUAAUUCGGAUCCCAAUGGUGAAAAUACACAUGAUCAAAAUGCAGUUGAUGUUGGGGAUGAUGAUAAUAAAAAUAAUAAUACAGGAAAACAGACAUAUGAUCAUAUAUCAAACCGAAAAAAAAAUGAAGAAAUAGAUGAAACCAAUGAAAAUAAUAAACUUGAUACAAGUGAGAAUGAUAUUGGAGGAAAUGAACAAAUAGUUACAUAUGAUAAUUUAGAAAAAAAUAAUAUUAAUACUAAAGAUGGAAAAAAUGAUAGUCUUGAUGAUAAUAUUAGUCCCUUUGAAAAAUUGUAUACUAUGAAUGAUUCAAUGUUAGAAAAUGAUUCUCUAAAAAUUUUGGAUGCAAUCAAAUAUGAAUUGAAAGAAGUAUAUAAUAAAAUAAAAAAUUUAAAUGUAUAUGGUAAUUAUAUGGCAUUAGCUAGUAAUACUUUUGUUUCAGAUAAUGAAUUUGGAGAACCAAACACACAGUUUGCUCAUUUUGAUGAUAUGAAUAAAUAUGAUGAUACUCAUGUUGAUAUAUCUAGUAGACAAAAUUCUGAUAUAUUUAAACUAUUUCCAAAUACAAUUUUUAGCGAAAAUAAUAAAAAAUAUAUCGAAGAAAAUAAACAAAUAUUGAAUGACAUGAGUAAUAAUACAAUUUUUACAAAUGAAAAUAUAAAUACUAGUAUAUUAUGUGAUUUAAAUUACGCAGAUAGUAUUUUUAAAAACUUUUUAUUUUUAUCAAAAGAUAUAUACAACAGUUUAUCGAAAUAUGGAAGUUACUCACUCAAGGGAAAGAUAAUGGGUCAAAGUAAUUUGGCACAACUCCGAAACUUCGAUCCAACAAAUAAACAUCCCGAAUUAAAUAAUUUAGACCAAAUGUGUAAUUAUCAACUAAUACCGAUAAGUGAAGUUUGUGAAGGGAAAUCAUUUUCUGAUAAAGAUCAUAUAAAUAUUUCUAAAUAUGAGGACCCGAAUAAUAAUAUCGAAUUAGAACAAAUUGACACAUUAGAAUCGAUACCUAAUAUACAUCAGAAUGAAGAGAAUGAUACCAAUUCAAAUAUAUUUAAUAAUAAAAAUAAUUUAUUUUUUUAUGAAAAAAAUAAUACUUAUAAUAUUAGCGAAUCAAAAAAUAUAUAUGCAAAUAUGGAUGAAAAGUUUGAUGCUAAUAUAGAGGGUAACAAUUAUUGUAUAAGUUCCAAUUUAAAUAAUCCAAAUAAGACAUUAUCCGAAAAUAACAUGUUUUCAAAAAAUGAGAAAAACCAAGAUAAUACUAUGAUAAAUAUAGACACAAAUUUUUUACCGUAUAAUAAUUUAGAACAACAUCAAAAAAUAUAUCCUACAAAAAUUGAAAAUGAAAAAGAAAUUUGUGUUUUAAACUCAAGAAAAUUUACUCCAACUUGUUAUGAAUCCAAUAACAAUAAAAAUGGAAAUAUAAAUAGAAACUUUGUUAUUUAUAAAAAUCAAAAAAAUGAUUUACAUCAAACAGAUAGUAAAGAAAAUUAUUAUUUUCCAUCCAAUGAGAUAAAUAUAAAUGAUAAAAAUAUAAAUAACACUGAAUUAAUGCAACACAACUAUUAUACAAAUAAUAUUUUUAAUAAUAAUUGCAAUGAAAAUGAUCAUAAUAAUUAUCAAUAUAACAAAAAUAAUGAAGAAGAUGAUACAUCUAAUAAUAAUUUUUCUUAUACAACUAAUUAUCAAAAUAGUAAAGAUUCACGUUAUAUUUCUUAUAUAAAAAAUAGUAAUAGCAAUACUGAAGACAAUAUAAAAAACAUUAGUCAAAAUAUUAUGACUGCAUCCCAUGGGGUGAGGAAUACAAAUAAAAUAAAUGAUGAUACAAUAUGUAAAAAAUCCAACUACGAUGAUAACCAAAAUAAUUAUCUUAACAUAAUAAACAAUUCUGACCAAUAUAUUAAUAAUAUUUCCCAAAAUGAAGAAGAAAAUCCAUAUUUUGAAUCUUUUGUAGAUAAUAAUAAUUCAUAUAAUAUAUUAAAUAAAAGAAAUAGUAAUUCGUUUAUAUAUAAUGAUAUAAAUGAGGAAAAUGAAAAAAAUCAAAAUAAUAAUAUGUAUUAUACUAGCAAUUUAAAUACAAAUUCUAUUCAAUAUAGCCAACCCAACCAAGUAAAUCAAUAUGACAUCAAUUAUUAUCCAAAUAAAAAAACUGAUAAACAAACUAAUCAACAUAAUGAGCAUAUAAAAUAUCUUUCAAAUAAUCAAUCAUUCAAUCAAAAUAUUAGCAACCAAAUAAAUAACAUUCCCUUAGAAGAUUUGCAAAUGCAUAUUGACAAUUACAAUACCAAAUUGUUACAAAAUACCAAUUUAAAUAAUAAUAAUAAUAAUUCUGAAAAUUUAAUGUCAAAUAAAUAUAUUUAUCUUAAUUCUAAAAAAUACAAUAUUCCAGAAUCCAACAUAAAUUGCAAUAAUAUAAUGAGUAAUACCCAAUUAUUUAAUAUGAACAAAUCAGAUAAUAACACAAACUAUUAUAACAACAACAGUAGUAAUUAUUUUAAUGAUUUAACGAAUUAUAAUAAUGUAAAAAAUAACGAAAUGCAAUCACCAAAUCAAAUUAAAAAUCCAGAAUGUACUGAAACAAAAAAUGAAAUUCAAACUUCUAAUUCUCAUUACACAAACACAUUUAUUAACUUAAAUGAAAAUAAUAAUUUCCCAAUCAAUAAUAGCACAAACAGUUGCAUAAAUACUAACAAUGAUGAAUUUAUUUCAAAUUAUCAAAUUCAUUGUGAUACUCCAAAAAAUUAUGAUAAUAAUUAUAAAAUAAGUAAGGAAUAUCAUAGAGAUGAAAUAUUAGAAAACCAAAAUUAUAUAUCAACAAAUAGCAGUGAUCGUGAUAAUGAAUAUAGAAACAAAAUGAUAUACACAAUGGAAAAAGAACCAAAUAAAAAGGAAUAUAUAGAAAAUUAUUCAGAAAAUGUUUUAAAAAGCAAAGAAGAAAAUAAGCCUUUAGAAAAUUUUCAAGUAGGGAUAGAUACCCCUGAUAAAUUUAGUACCAAUAUUGAUAAAUGUGAACAAAAUGACACAAAUAGUCUUGUUAAAACACAAAAUAUGGAUACAAAUCAAAUGAAUGAUAUGAAUAAAAAAAAACUAAAAAAAAUGCUAGAAAUAACAAAUCAACUAAUUGGAAAAAAGUAUAGAGGUAUUUCUUAUGACCCAACAAGAAAUGGAUGGUCAACAUUUGUAUAUAAAGAUGGAGUUAGAUAUAAAAAAUUUUUCUCUUCAUUAAAAUAUGGAAAUCUAUUAGCAAAAAAAAAAUGUAUAGAAUGGAGAGUCAAAAAUUUAAGUCCAGAUUCCCAUGCAUAUAUUUUUUCUAUUAAAGCGAAAGAUGAAUUUAAUUCUAUAUUAAAUGAUAAUAUAAAUGAAAAUAUUAAUUAUCCAUAUGAUGAAAAUAAUAAUAAUAAUAAUAGUACUCAAGAAACACCUGAUAAAAAUAACAACAGAGAUAUAUUUUAUGUUAAUGCCUUUUUGAAUUUAUUCAAUAAAGAAAAUAAGUCAACUGAUAUUUCAAAUCAUAAUGAUAAAUUAAAUAAAAAGGAUACCAUCGAAACAUCUAAUAAACGAAAAAAGGAAAUAAAAAAUAAAAGUAACACAAUUUUGGGUGAUUAUAAAAAUGAUGAAAAAUCAAAUAUACAGAAAAAUGGAAAUAAUUUGGUUACUUUAAAUUGUAAUGAUAAUUCAAAUGAAGAAAAUCCUCAUAAUAUUUAUUGUCAAACUUAUGAAGAAGGAAAAAAUAAAUCUAAUAAUAAUAUAAACUUUGAUAAUCAAAUUGGGAAUGAAACAUUAAAACAUAUAGAAAUGCAAAAUCAAGAAACCCAUGAAAUGCAUAUCACUAAAAAAAACUCACAACUAUCUAAGAAAAAAAAUUGUGAGGAUUCUCAAAUAAAAAAUAUUUUUUUAAAUACAACAUCUGAAGAAUUAUUAUCGAAAAAUAGGAAAGACGAUAAUGAUAAUAAUUCUUUUUAUCCUAAUGAUAUCCAUAUUUCUCAAAAUGAAAAAAAUGAGGAUAAUUUAUCAAAAACUGUAAACAUUGAAAUAAGUUAUAAAAAUGGCUAUCCAAAUAAUUACAAAAUAAAUACAGUACAAAAUGAAGAAACAGAAACAAUACAAAAUAUCGAUUUAAAUAGUGAAUAUUAUACAAGUAGUAACAAAAAAGAUGAACAAUCAUAUGAUGCCUUAAAUUCUACUUACAAUUAUGCCAGUGACAAUUAUACACAUUUAGAAGUUAAUAACGAAAAUAAUUUAUCAUUUAAACAGUUAGACAAUAAAAAAAAAAGAAAAAUAGAUGUUAUAAAAUGUGACGAAAGUAUAUCAAAUAGCAGCAAAGCAAUUUUUGAAGGAAUGAAAUCACAGUGUGGAGAUUCAGAAGAUAAAAUCAAUGAUUCAAUAAAUUUAGAUACAAACAAAUCGCCCAUUUUAUACAAUUUUUUGGAAGAAAAAAAUAAUAGUGAAACAAAUCAUACACCAAAAAAUAACGAAGAAGAAAUCAUGAAUAACCUAUUUGGAAUUGCAAAAAAUUAUGUAAAUUUGCAGAAAAACCAAAUGUAUAAAGAAGAAGUAAAUGCACAAUAUGAACAAGUUGGUAACAUUUAUAGUGACCAUGAUAAGGAUGCGAAAAAAGAGAAUGAACAAAAAAUGUGGGGAUAUAGAAAAUGGGAAAAUAUGGACCAAAAUAUGGACCAAAGUAUGGAUAAAAAUGUGGAGGAAAAAAGUGGCAAAGAGCUGUAUGAAGAGAGAUAUGUGACUCCCCCAAAUGGAAAUACUCAAAAUGAUCUUGAAGAAUACGAAAAAGAUAACAAAAAAGAAACAAUAAACAAAAAAAGAAAAAUGUUCAUAGAAAAUAUAGAUAUCGAUGACAAAAGUUAUUAUAUGUAUAAAGAGACACUGCUUAACUACAUGAAUAAAUGUAACUAUACAAAUGAAGAAGAAAAAAAAAUUUUUAUGAUGUUUUUAAAAUUUAACAAAGAAUGGGUUUUAUUAGAAUUAAAUGGAUUAGAAGAUAUAUAUCAUGAUUAUUUUAGAAAAAAAAUUGAAGCUUUUUAUAAAUCAUAUUUAAUAAAAUUGAAGGUAAAUAAACCCCAGACUAAGGAAAGUACAGAUGAUGAAACCGAACAAACACAAAAUAAAACAUGUAAACAAUCGAAAAAUAGCAUGCCUAACAAAAUAGCGAAUAAACGAAAAGAGCAAAUUAGAGAUCUUCAAUUAAUUUUUGAAAAAAAAAUAAAUACUUCAUGGAUGUGUAUGAUAUUCCCUAUACAUUUUUUGUACAUAUUCAGUUAUAAAAUAUUUUGUAUACUUAAAUAUACCACAAAGAAAAGUAAGAAAAGAAAGAAAAAGGAAAAAUAUGAUGAUGAUGAUAAUUGUAGAAAAAAUAAUUAUGAACAUGAUGAAAAUAAUUAUAUAAAUCUUAAUAAUGAUCAAUAUGAUGAAAAAGAUAAACAACUAACGAGUAAAUUUAAAGGAGUAAAUUUUAUAAAAUAUAAAAAGGCAUGGUGUUUUACAUACAUAGAUGUAGAUGAUAAAAGAAAAAAAAAAUUAUUUCAAAUAGACGAUUAUGGGUUUAAAGAAUCUAAAGCAUUAUCUAUUUUAUUUCGAAAAAGUUUUGUAUAUCAUUUGACAAAAAUGCACACAUUUUUAAACAGGUUGAUAUUUAACAAAAAUAUUAAUAUGAACAUUUGCAAUGAAUUUGAUGAUAAAUAUGAAAAUAAAAUAAUUAGUAAACAAGUUAGUGCAAAUUCUAUUAUUUAUAACGGGACUAUAAAUGAUUAUAUUGAGCACUAUAAACGAUAUGAAGAAUUUUUAGUAUGUUAUGGAAAAAUUAUUUAUUUUAAUGAAAUGAAAAAUAUAUAUUUAAAUUCAAAAGAUAAACAAAAUGUAUUAAAUUAUAUACCAAUAGAAAUACAUAACAAAAUAACUAAUGAUAUUGAACCUAUAAAUUUAUUAACAGGAACACGAAAUUAUUUUUCAAAAAAAUCAAAACUUUUUACAUUACCCAAAGGUAUUGUAUAUUUAUCAGGAUAUUUUCUAUGGGUUGUAUUAUAUUUAAAUAAAAACAACAAAGAAAUUAUUAUAUCAUUUUCAGUUCGAAAAUAUGGUUUUGAAAAAGCCAGAGCAAAAUGUAUUGAAUGUUAUUAUAUUUUAUUGAAUAAUUAUGGAUUUAAACCUAUAAAUAUUUCAGGUGUAAUUGAUCUAAUUUUAGAAAAUGAUUUAGAAUCAAAAAGUUAUAAUCUUUUAGAUUAUUCUACUGAAAAUAUUAUAUCAUUAGAACAUUUAUUUUAUUUUUUUUCUCCUUCAUCUUAUAUCCUUAAAAAUAAUACUCUCUAUAAAAAAAUUAAUAACAACACAACUCUUACUUCAUAUUAUGAUUCAAUAUUCCCUGGUGAGUAUGAGCAAAUUAGUUCGUUAGAUAUAUUUCAAAAUUUUGAGGCAUCUCACAAAAUCGAUGAACCAAAUGAAUCUACUAAUGCUACAUCUAUAGAUGUAGGACAAGGAAAUUCUUCAUAUUCUUCAAACACAUGGAAUAAUAAUAUUGAAACAAAUCAAGAAUGGACUAUCCAAAAAGAAAAUUUUCAUACUUCUCAAAUGGAUAUACAAAAUAAUGAAAUGAAUAUCGAUGUCAAUGAUAAAGAAAAUGGUCUUAGAAUUCCGAUUGAACAUACUCAAAAAAACAAAAUAGAAAAUAAAAAUGAAUAUGAAAUAAUUUAUAACACUUUGAAUACCGAUAUAUUUUCUAAUAACACUGUUGAUGCUGAAAAAAAAAAUAUACCUUUAUAUUUCACAGAUGAUGAGAGCAAAAAAAGUAAGAAAUUAAACAGAGAUUUACAAAAUACAAAUAACAUGACUAGCCAAUAUAAUAUCAGUAACAAUUCCUAUCUUUUGAAUACUUAUUGUGAUAUAAAUUUGGAUAGUAGAAACAAAUCUCCUAAUUCGAUAGAAAGAGACAAUAUGGGAAAUUCCUAUAAUGAUUUUUGUAUGCCAAAUAAUAUAGACCAUAAAAUUGAAUUAAAUGAUGAAUUGAAUAUGGAAAGAACACAUGAUGCAAUUACUAUUCCAUUAACAAUGCCAAACAUGUUUGAUAAUGGCACCACUCCUGAAUAUAUAGAUGAAAAUGAAAAUGAAAAUAUGACGGAAUUAAACAGUGAAACGAACAAUAUAUCUUAUCGUUAUUAUGAACAUGAAAAUAAAAAGAUAAAUAAUUUUGAAAACACAAAUAUAGGAAAUAAUAAUCAUAAUAAUACAUUUAUACAUCCAAAUAUUUCCAAACAAUCGAUGAACAAAGAUAUAUACAGUUUUUUGUGUGACAAUAAUUUACAAGACUGUUAUUUAAAAAAACAUUACGAUGAAUUAUUUAAUAAUAAAGAAGUAAAUAAUUAUGUCUUUAAAAAAGUGAGUAAAAAAGAAGAACACCUUGGAAUUUUUAUUCUACUAAAUUCUCAAUGGCUAUCUGAUUCUUUUUUUGAUAAUAUAAAUCAAAUCGAAACAAAAUAUGCUGAUAUUUAUUCUUUUGAAAAUUAUUUAAAUACUCGUGAAGAAGUUCUUAAUUGGAAACAUCAAAAAACAUUUAUUAAAGAUUGCUCAGAUAUUUCAAAAAAAUUACCAAGAAUUGUUGGGGUACAUUAUGAUUCCCAUACAAAUGCUUGGGUUGUUAAUUGUACUAUAAAUAAAAAGAGGCAUGACAAAAAAUUUUUAGUCAAAACAUUUGGCUUCUUACAAGCUAGAAAAUUGGCAAUAGAACACAGAAGAAAAUUGUUUCAAUCUUCAAAAAGGAACAUGCCAAAUUCGGGCAAACAAAAUAUUAAAUAA